UCGAAACUUAACUCGUGUUUAUUGGGCUUGCAAUAUUGUUUUCCUUUCCUUACAUGACUCUUGCAGGGAUUGUACCCCAGCUUUCGUGGUGCAAUAGUUAGCAACGCCUUUUAACACCCUUGCAUAUAAGCGAGCAACGUCGCUGGUGAUUUUACUGUAGACAAAUCACCAGGAAGGACCUCUCCUCUUCAACGCGGAAGACACUGCGCGCUGGAUCACACUUUUGCUGUUAACUCAAACUGGAUCAUCUUAACUAUUUAUGACCGACAACGGGUUCCGUGCUUACUAUGCGUCUUUACGAUAUGACUUGUGAAUUGUUGUUGCUUACAUUAACACAUGCUCUGCGGAAACUGGCCUUCCCUGACGUUCCAUCAGGUCUGCUGUUUGUGCUAGAGGACUCACAAUCACACAGAAGCUGCCCCUCAAGCUGCACCGGCCCCCUUCGCGCUCAACCCCUGCGCUAUGAGCAGAGGUAGAGGAGGGCCCUACAAAGAACAGUACAGGCAUCCUCCACCUGACUUCCCGGCCAAGGACAAUUACUACAGACCUGGCCUAUCCUCCUUUUACCCUAGAGCUGGCCCACAGCAGAGCCCAUACUCAAGUUACUACAACAGCCCUGGUCGUCCUGUAGGACCCAUAGAGCCGCCCCCAGCUCAUUUCACCCCCUCUGCCCCCCCCCUAUCAAAGCACAAUAAAGUCACCCCUAAACCAGAGGUCCCCAACAGCUCUCAUUAUCAGAAUCACAGCCCCAGUCCUUGUCCUAAUUCCUUUCAGUACCAACAGGCAGAGUUUCUGAGAGGACACAGCUCUGAGGCGCCACAGUUCAGAGCCAAUCCACGUGGAGGCGGAGGAGGAGGAGGAGGCGGAGGAGGAGGAGGAGGAGGAGGCGGUGGCAGCAGCGGAGUUGCAUCCGACAGGUGGCCUAAUUGUUCGUACCAGCCACCAGCAGGAUACAACAGAUAUUCAUACCCCAACAGCAGCCCAAGAGGUAGAGGGGGGUACAGUCAAGAUCAGAGGUCUGUAUACCCAGGAGCCCCGAGAGGCACCCCAGGACCUCGACACCCUAAUCCGAACCAGUUACCAGCGCAGAAGCAAAACCAAUACUCAUGGCGUGUUCAAACAGACUCGGUGUGUGACGAUUUUCAGAAUAUAUCUCUUCAUCGAAACUCUCCCAACAGAGGAGAGAGGUUUGUCAGACAUUCUGCAUCCAGCAACUCAGCAAGUUCAAGCUCGACUAAAGUUAACAUCACUCUAACUUCUGACAUCCAGGACCGAGUUUACAGGGCUUUGGCUGCCUUGAAGCCGAACGACUGUAUCUGUGCAAAAUUGUUGGGCAAACAACUGCAUCUGCCUAAAAAGAUAGUGAACCAGGCUCUCUACUCUUUGGAGCGCUCUCAGAAAGCCUCCAAGCAAGGACUCCUCCCUCCUGAGUGGAGUCUUUACAGAGAGCCUCUCAGUGGCGAGGAAUAUCAAAAUUACAAAGUACAAAGUUCACCUUCCCAUCUGUGUGGUAGCCCAGGACACCCUGCAGAUCCUGAAGUCAAGGUUGAGCUAAAAACAGACACAGAAGAAAGCCGAAGAAAAGAAGAAGAGGACUGUGACACAGAAUCCACUUCUUCCUGCUCCUCCUCUUCAGAGUCAUCUGAGUCUGAAGAAUCCCGGUCGCCAGCAGAGGGUCAGCAGGAGGAGAAAAAUCAUUCCUGUGCUACUAGCUCCCCUGAUCCCGAACUUGCGCUUCCCACAAUGGCUGAGCAGAAAGAGCUAAUUCUGCAGUACCUCCUCACUUCAGGGAAGGCAACUUCUCUGGUCAUAUCCAAAAAUUUGGGUCUCAGGACUGCCAAGCAGGUGAAUUCCACCCUGUACUCGCUGGAGAAACAAGGUGAAAUAAUUAGGAACAAGGAAGUUACCCCUGCCACCUGGGAGCUCUCCACCCACCGCAGAGAGAGGAUGGAAAGGAGCAUUAAAGCCGCCAAGAUCCCUCGCUUUGAGGGGAGUCAGAUGGGGGAGGAACCCAGUAGAGGAGCAAAGGGAGGAGGCUCUGUUUUUCUCCCUUCGCCUCGACUACCGCCAAUCACAGGCUUCGAUCCACUGCUAGUCCCUGAGGGUUGGAAACCAGAACAAAGUCGUAGUGAUGGUCACGCUAUCAAGUCCAAAACCUUCCUCGCCUCAUUUAAAGAGGAAGAGACAAACGAAGGACAGUGGGCCACUGACGACAUCCCGGAAUUCCUCAACGCUAUUCGCAGAGAGACAGACGCUGGGAAACUACUAGCAGAUCAUAGUAAUAACUCUGUGGGAACUGUAGCUGUGUCGCUGGCUGCUCCACCUCCCCAGAACCUGUGGGCCAAACUACAGGAGGUGAGGCUGAAGAACCCUGUCAGCGGCCUCAUGGAGUACGCCCAGUAUCUGGGCCAUAACUGUGAGUUCCUGCUCCUCGACCAGUCAGGACCCUCUCACGAUCCGAGGUUUCGAAUGCAGGUGAUGCUCAAUGGGAGGCUGUUUCCUGUCGCUGAGGCGUCUAGUAAGAAGGUUGCGAAAAAGGACGCUGCUGCCGCUACCCUGCGUAUUCUUAUCACAGAGAUGCAAGGAGGGCCGAGUACGGGAGACGAUGGAAAUACCGCCAAUGUGGACCAAGCGAUGGAGGUACUCCCAGACACCAGUGUGUCUGAAAGCACAGGGGGCGGUUUUGGGACGACGAGUGUGGAAGGGAUGGGGACGGGGACGGGGACGGGGACGGUGGAAGGACCUCGACCGCCGCUGUCCCGCUCUCUGCCUGGUGGAAAGAAUCCGGUGUCGGUCCUGAUGGAGUACAGCCAGCGCAGCGAGAACCCCAUCGAAUUCAUCAUCACCGGGCAGGCCGGCCCUCCUCAUGACCCGAGGUUCAUGUACAGGGUGAAGGUCGGGGAGAGCUUGUUUGCAGAGGCCUCGGCUCCAAGCAAGAAGGCAGCCCGCCAGCUGGCAGCAGAGGAGGCCGUGAAAGAGUUAAUGGCUGACGGAAGACUGCAGCUCAACAAGCCUCAGUUGCCCCUGGGCUCCUCCAGUGAUAGCGACGGCAGUGGUUCUGGGACUACAUGUCCCUCUUUGCCCCCUCUGACUGCAGAUGAAUUGCGAGCAGCUCACGAGGCAGGGGUUGGGGACCUCAUUAACCACCUAAACAACAACGCAGUGUCGGGUCUUCUGGAGUACGCUAGAGCCCGGGGUUUUGCCGCUGAGAUCCGACUGGUGGGCCAGUCUGGGCCCCCACACGAGCCCAAGUUCACAUAUCAGGCUAAGCUGGGCGGACGCUGGUUCCCUCCAGUGUGUGCGUCCAACAAGAAGCAGGGAAAACAGGAAGCAGCAGAUGCCGCUCUACGGGUUCUGAUUGGAGAGGCUGAGAGGGCAGCCCGCACUGGGGAGCUAAUCCCAGCUGAGCUCCCUGUGAGUGGCAGCACUUUGCAUGACCAGAUAGCAAUGUUGAGUCACCAGCGCUUCAACGCCCUGACCACACGUAUCCAGCACAGCCUUCUGGGACGCAAGAUUCUCGCCACCAUUGUCAUGAGGCGGGGGGAGGGCCUUGGGACCGUUGUCAGCCUGGGAACUGGAAAUCGCUGUGUUAAAGGGGAGGAACUGAGCCUUAAAGGGGACACUGUUAACGAUUGCCAUGCGGAAAUCAUCUCCAGAAGGGGAUUUGUUCGGUUUCUGUACAUUGAGCUGCUCAAGCACUAUGACGGCACAGACGACAGUAUAUUUGAGGAAGCGGAGGACAACAAACUUCGAAUCAAAUCUGACAUCACCUUUCACCUCUACAUCAGCACGGCACCUUGCGGGGACGGCGCUCUGUUUGACAAGUCAUGCAGUGAGUCAGGGGACGACGUUGAGGGUCAUCAGCCUCUCUUUGAGAAUGCUAAGCAGGGCAAACUCCGUACCAAAGUGGAGAACGGCGAGGGCACCAUCCCAGUGGAGUCCAGUGCCAUUGUCCCCACCUGGGACGGCAUCCAGCACGGCGAGAGGCUGCGAACCAUGAGCUGCAGCGAUAAGAUCCUGCGGUGGAACGUGUUGGGCCUGCAGGGGUCGCUGCUCACCCAUUUCCUGCAUCCCAUCUACCUGAAGUCCAUCACACUAGGCUAUCUGUACAGCCACGGGCACCUCACACGUGCCGUUUGCUGUCGGCUGGCCAGAGACGGUGAGGCAUUCACACAGAGUCUCCCUCCUCCCUUCAUGCUGAAUCACCCAGAGGUCGGCAGGGUGAGCGUGUACGACUCGACGCGGCACACAGGCAAGACCAAGGAGUCCAGUGUGAACUGGAGCUAUCCAGACCAGCACAGUGUGGAGGUGCUGGACGGUACCAAAGGCAAACUGGAUGGAUUCAAGUCAAUUCUUUCCCCAAGCAGAGAUGGAUUUACCCAGGAGCUCAGUGUGCCUCCAAAAAGAUUUCCAAAAAUGAACAAAGUGAGCGUGUCCAGAGUCUCCAAGUCCAAUCUAUUCUGUCUGUUCCGCUCUGUGUGCCAGCGGAGCGGCCGCACCGAACUCCUCUCCCUGCCCUCAUACUCCCAGGCCAAGAUGUCGGCCAUGUCCUUCCAGCUAGCCAAGCAGCAGUUCUUCCGAGCUCUCAGCGGCCACGGUUACGGCGCCUGGAUCGGCAAGCCGCUAGAAGAGAAGAGCUUUGAGUCCGGGGAGGGAAACGCGAACAAUGGAGCGUGUUUCCCUGUGGGGUUCGCCAGCAGUAGAAACGGAGGCGUAGUGGAUAUCAAGCAAGAGGAGGCAUAGAACAGUGAUAAAGGGGGAAUCAUAAAUAUGUGGGGGGAGGGAAGCAUAAGGCAAGGGUGGAUAGGAAGGGUGUGUUUGAAGGAGAAAAGGACAAUCAAAUGUAGCCAGCAGCCAGGACUGUCUCUCUUCUGAUGGAACAUGGGUUAAAGGCUGCAGAGGAGAGCGAUGGGAAGUGACAUAAAGAAGAGCAAGAUGUCAUUGGCACACCCCGAAGGAUGAAGGGGUUACAGUAGAAAGACACAGCUAUCCAGACAUCCACGGGGUGUACAGAAUGAUGUAAACACUACAUGAAAAGGGAAUUAGUUUAAAGUCAGUCAAUCACCAUUGUCAACACAGCAACAAAUUUGGGUUGUAUUAGUUUAAAAAAAAAUGCUGAACUUUGUUGUAUACGGUUUAUACUUGUGGGAUGAGUUAGAAGUCCUAUUUUAUUUUAUUUUUUUGUCCUUGUAGUGUUUUGCAUAUGCUGCCAUUGUUUACCCACCAUUCUACUUGAGAUAUAAACUCAUUUUUGCAGGUUCUUUAACUGUGGCAAUUGCAGUUAUGACCCAGAUAAUUUGUCCUCUUCAGACCGCCGUCUGUUGUCUAAAGUAGCUGAGAAGUGCUGCUAAUUGGCAUUCAACCUAAUAUGACCCACCUUUUGUAGUAGUGUUUGUAAUUGUGAUUAAUUUAGAGUUUGAGUAUUCUGUCAUGCAGUGCUUAUUAUAUUUUUAGCUCUCUAUGUUUUGCUGCAUGGAAAUACAAACAGCUGUUUCUAGAACAGAGAGCAGACUCUAUGGGACGCCCUCAACAGGAAUCUUGAUUUUUGAGAAAUUGCACUCAUCCUUGAUAGAUGUCACAAGUAAACUUGCUAAUGAGUCUUUGCUCUGCACAUUCCCAGCUUGUAUUGUACAUAAGUAGACUUUUGCUUUGAUCAGCGGCGAAGUAAACAUUGACUCUUUAACAAUCGUCGAUCAGGACCCUUUAAGUGAAAGUAAGACUUGCUGCACACCCUGCGCUGUGCAUCUAUCCACAUGUCGUUGCAAUGUCUCCAUUAUCAUAGGUCAGCACGCCUCCUUUAAUCAGUCCAAAUAUUUCUCUGUGCUUAUAAAGAAUUACUGAUGUCAUGACCUCCAAGACGAACAAUAUUUCUGUUGUUAUUGCUUGUGUGUUUUUUAAGUGUUUUUCCUUUUUGUUUCUUCACUCCUGGCAAACGGUUUAUCAUUAGCUGGCCAUGCUAGCAAGUCCUGAAAAGUGUCAAGUCAAAAACUCUGGUUUACAUCUACAGUAGAUAGCAAAAGGCUUUUAAUUCUCUAGCAUGGCGAGUUGUUGAGGAUGGCUGGGUGAGGACAGUUUUGUUGUUCAAGGAGAGUGUGAUGUUGAUUUUGUUUUAUGUAGCUAGAAGGUGCAAAAUAUACAUCAGGUAUAUACAAAUACAUUUACACAGAGAUGUUACAGUGGGGUCCAUAAGCCUGAGUCCAGUGCAGGGAACGAAUGUUUUCAAAACGAACAGUUUAAGGUCAAAUACUUAAUUUCUCAAAAUAUUGCAUGUUUUUAUAAUAAAUGCAGGCAGGGAAAGGAUUUUGUAUUAUUCAUUUUUUUACAAUCUGAAAAUCUACAUUAUCUGAGAUGUGCUUUGAUAUAUUGAUGUUAGUUUGUCUCAGAUGUUUUUUGUUCAUAACUUCAUGACAUUUUAUUUAGCUUUGAGAUUGUAAAUGGCCAUUUAUUUAAUGGAAAAUUAAGGUUUUAAGCUUAAAGAAAGUAUGCCUUUUUAUAGUGGCGCCUUUUUUCUGUUCAGUGUGGAAUAAUCGUUCUUACGACAGUCCUGCAGUUCAGGUUUAACUGACUUUGUUAGAGCCUUAAGGAUGGAUGUGUGCUAUUGUUUGACCCCAUGGAAAACUUAGGAACAAUUGGACCGAAAGUCCUUUAGACAUGUUAGAAAAAACGGAUCAAUUCUUAAUGUUUGUUGCAUUCAUUAAAUAUAACGUUAUUUUUGCCAACUUUUAAUGUAUUUAAAUCAGAAGCUUUGAGAUAACAACAUUUUAUAGUUUUCAACAUUUUAGAUGUACAGUUCUCCGGAGUGGACUCAGACUUUUGGACCCCACUGUAUUCAAAAUAAUGAUCUUUUAAGUAUAAAGCUGUAAAUAUGUCUGUGUAUGUAUAUGUAUAAGUUUAAUGUAUAUAUUUUGUAAAUCUACAAUUGCCUUUCUAUAUUUCGUUCCUGAUGUUUAACUAAACUGCAAUGGAAUAUGUUGUUUUUUUACCAAUGACAUUUGGAAAGUUAAGAAAAAUUAAAAUGAGUAGCAAGGA